AUGAACGUUGGCUCCGGGCCUUUGACAUAUGACCUACUGGCCGAGGUGGGUCACGGCUCCUACGGCACCGUGUAUAAGGCCAGACAGGUGGGCGGGGAACAGCGCCUCCUGGCGGUCAAGAAACUGAACGUCCGCGCAGAUGCGUCGGAGGCCGGGAUCCCUCCCUACAUGAUCCGAGAGGUGGCGCUGCUGCGCAAAAUGAAGCACUUCAACCACCCCAACAUAGUCAACCUGCUGGAUGCCACUGUUGUACUCAGGGGCCUUGGCAUAGACCUCACCCUGGUGCUGGAAUACAUAGACCAGGACUUGUCCACAUACCUCUCCAAGGCUCCGGCGUCUGGACUGAGCCGCGACUGUAUUAAGGAUCUGAUGCAGCAGCUGCUACAGGGAUUGGACUUCCUGCACACAAACAUGGUCCUGCAUCGAGACCUAAAACCGGAAAACAUCCUGAUCAGCAGCUGUGGGAAGGUUAAGAUCGCAGAUUUUGGACUGGCUCGCAUCUACACUUUUAACAUCGCUCUUACUCCAGGGGUGGUGACGCUGUGGUACCGAGCUCCAGAAGUGCUGCUCAACUCUGUUUACAUGUCGUCGGUGGACAUGUGGAGUGCCGGCUGCAUCUUCGCUGAACUCUUCCUUUUGAGACCACUCUUUAGGGGAUACACGGAGGUACAGCAGCUGCAGAAGAUCUUUGAGGUUAUUGGAUUGCCCAGUGAAGAGGACUGGCCCAAAGACAGUCCAGUCCCCUACCAGGUCAGCUGGGGACAAAGAAGCCCCUGCUCCAAUAUACUGAACAACCUGAGUCCAGAUGAGAAAGACCUACUAUCUCAGUGCCUGGCCUUCAGACCGAGCAGUCGGAUCUCAGCCGCCAAAGCCCUGGCUCAUCCUUUCUUCACGAAGCACUGAAGAUUUUAGUCCAAUGUUGAGUCAGAAGGAAGCUUUAGAUUCUGGACUGGGUAUUGGCUUCAAGAGCUUUAAAGAUCAGGUCAUGAACAUGGUAACAGAUUGGAGUCAUGUACUGUCAGUCUGUCAUUUGUUGUAGUUGAGUGUUUCUAUUAAAAUAGUGUUACAAUUUUUCUGUGAAUUACUGUCAACACCAUGAUGAGCACCUUACGUUGAUGAGUUUGUUUUUUUGUUUAUGGUGUUUUGUUCUACACUUGAACACUUGAGAGAUGCCCUUUAUUUUUGUUUGGGUUUUUUUUUGUAAUGAAGAUAUUUAUGGUGUAGUAACUAGAAAAGACAACACCUGUAUUUACGUUUGUAUUCGCACAAAAUGAGAUAUUUUUCAACGUGUUACGGUGUUCAUUUAA